CGCCACCUGCACCACGCCCUGGCGUCGGGCUCCCAGGGCCGGCGCCUCUCCCUGUCGCGCCCGCCCGCGCGCCCCGGCACCCGAGCACCCAGCGCGCCCGCAGCGCAGCUCCUGCACCUGCCCCUGGGUCGCGGCCAGGGCGCCUCCCCGCGUCCUCCCGCCUGCCAGGUAGCCGGCCGCCCGCGCUGCUGCACCCCGGAGACUGGCUUCCCGCGCGGGCACAGGCCCUCCGCGUGGCCUCCGGAGCUGCCUAAAGGCUCAGGCACAGCUUCCUCCCCCCAGCAGUCCAUUCUGUGCGCAGGGCCUGAGGAACACCCUGGCCGUCGGAGUUCCUGGAGUGGGAAAGAAGGGACCCCAGGCCUCGGGCUCCCCUCCUCUGAGGUGCAGUUCCUACAGCUUUGUGAAUUCUGAGUUUCGCCCCCUUCCUCGAGUUCUGGAGGCAGUGGUGGUAGCGUGGCACACAGUGGGUCUUUCGCAAUCACAACUAUUCCCAGUGCCAAUUAUGAAGUGCCCGUUAGACACGAGGUCUGUGCCGGGCACUUGAAACUUGUGUUUGUCAAAUCUUAUUGAAUUAUGUUCACGGAUGAACGGAUUCAACUGCAAAUUGGCCUACUGCCCCGCCCCCAGUGGGUUGGAGUGUUUGCUUCCCUCUGUCUUCGCGCUUCAGCCCCCACCCCCACCCAGCCUCCUGGAAUCGUAGGCCACAGCUUAUCCGGACGCCCAUCUGCGCUCUCCUGUGUGGAACUGCCAUGAUUGCUUGCUCAAAGUGACUUGAAGACACUUACUGGACCGUUGGUUCUUAGGACCAGAGAAGGGCAGAGAGAAGCUACAUCCCAUCCAACAUUCACCACAGGCACCUGCGGCGGCGAUGCGGCGAUUCACACCUGCGACCUGUGCGGCAAGGCCUUUCGCCUGCAGCGCAUGCUCAACCGGCACCUCAAGUGCCACAGCCAGGUGAAGAGGCACCUGUGCAGUUUCUGCGGCAAGGGCUUCAACGACACCUUCGACCUCAAGAGGCACGUGCGCACGCACACAGGCAUUCGCCCCUACAAAUGUGACGUCUGCCACAAAGCCUUCACCCAGCGUUGCUCCUUGGAAUCCCACCUGAAGAAGAUCCAUGGGGUGCAGCAGCAGUAUGCCUACAAGCAGCGCCGGGACAAGCUGUACGUCUGUGAAGACUGUGGCUACACGGGCCCCACCCAGGAGGACCUGUACCUGCAUGUGAAUGGUGCCCACCCGGGCAGCGCGUUCCUCAAAAAGACAUCCAAGAAACUGGCAGCCCUCUUGCAAAACAAGCUGACAUCCACGCUCCAGGGCAAUGCCAACCUGAGCGAGGAGGAGGAGAAGUAGGAGAGGGCGUGGAUGCCAACGCUGCCACGUGUCCACAGAUUCCCGGUCUUGAGGGCCCCCUGACCCACGGGCUCUUUCUAAGUCCAAGUGUUCCGUCCAUCUCUCUGUCCUCUGGGGGCCUCGAUGGGGGGCUCCGUUCCAAGGCUGUCAGUGAUAACAGUGGCUUCAGGCCCCCCGUAACCCGUAUCCUCAGGAACACUGUCACAUGAAUGAAAGCUUCUGGAUGGCUAUGAUCACCGUCUGGGGUUUGGGUUUUUUUUUGUUUUUUUUUUUUUAGGAUUUUCACACAUGGAGGCAGGGGUGUUCUUAAGAGAGACACCCCUUGGAGAGAUUGAUAUGGUGCCUUGAAAUAAAAGUACUUCCACUUGAAAUGCUCCUCCAGCAGGGAUAAUGAAUCCUAUUAUUCUGAAAGAGUUAGCAGGAAUUAUUUUAAUAAAGGAAACUUCCUGGUGA